GGAGCCCCUUUAAACGGCAGCGCGUUUGAAUUUUUCGCGCUUUUGCGAACCCCGAACUACCCCGAGUGCCGCCGAACGACGGACAUUUGCUGACAUGGCGUCUUGAGUGUUGUGGUGUUCGCUAUCCCGGGGAUCAACCCUUGAUUUUGUGGUGACGCACGACAAGUGUUAACACCAACAAUUGCGCCCCAUAUCAACAAGUCUGAAUUAUCCACAGUAUCAAUCCACAAAGCAUGUCUUCCCAACGUUUCUGUCUGAGAUGGAACAACCAUCAGUCGAAUUUGUUGUCAGUAUUCGACCAACUCCUACACGACGAAAGUUUCGUCGAUGUCACGUUGGCCGUGGAAGGACAAUUGUUGCGUGCCCACAAAAUGGUCCUUUCGGCGUGCAGUCCCUACUUCCAGGCGCUGUUCGUCAACCAUCCCGACAAACACCCCAUCGUUAUCCUUAAGGACGUCCCAUACAGCGAUAUGCGCUCCUUACUGGACUUCAUGUACAGAGGGGAGGUCAGCGUCGACCAGGACAGACUCACAGCCUUCCUGCGGGUCGCUGAAAGUCUGCGGAUAAAGGGUCUGACAGAGGUGAACGAAGAGAAAUGUGAUACAAUAACGUCGUCUUUGACGCAACAAAACCAAAUGAACGCCAACAUGCCACAUCUGCAAAGACUGCAACAGAACAAGAGGUUCGGCAACCCGCUCAACAUGCUCGGCAAUGCUCUUCUCCAGCCGAAGAGGAAGCGCGGACGGCCUCGGAAACUCUCGGGGAGUUCGAACGGCACCCCAGGCGAGGACUUCGACAGGGGCGAUGCCCUGGUGCAGGGCAGCCCCGAAAUGCUCGAAGUCAAAAUGGGAAUGGACGGAUUCACGGGAAACAACUCCGACUGCAGCACGGGCAAGUCGGACGCGAAGGAAAACGAUCUGGACGAUAACAAUACCAAAGCUAAGGAAGAAAACGAACCGGUCGCCGGCACCUCCAAGGAACAGAACACGUUUAACGACACGAAAAACGCCGACGAUUUUCAGUCUUCCGAUUCGCCGCAGGCCGGCAAGCUGCUGAGCCCCAAGCAGGAGCCGGGCGAGGGCGCGACGCCGGAGCCCCGCUUGAGCGCCAGCGACAGCCUGAACAACAACGCCCCAGCGUCGAGCGGGGCCCCCAUGUCGGCGCCGACGUCGGGACGCCAGCCGGUGAAACGUCGGGCGCGCCGCCGCGCCACCUCCCAGAGCCAGGACCCCGCCGAGCAGCUGACGGAGAUGUCCGUCCGGGGGCUCAAUCUCUUCCGCUACGCCUCCAUCAACGAGGGCGUGUAUCAGUGCACGGAGUGCGCCAAAGUGGACGUCCAGAAGACGUUCAAAAACAAGUACAGCUUCCAGCGGCACGCGUUCCUCUACCACGAAGGACACCAGCGCAAAGUGUUUCCGUGCCCCGUGUGCCAGAAGGAGUUCUCUAGACCCGACAAAAUGAAAAAUCACAUGAAGACUGUACACGAUUGUUUUAUGCCCAAAGACGUCGUGUUCCCUCCGAUGGGGUUUUUUCCGAUACCGUGAACGCGUUGGUGACCUUCUAAAGGACACGAUCCGGUUGCGCUGGAACGCAAUUAAAAAAAUAUGAAUUGAUUUCGUACUUGGUGCUAGGUUUUUGAGAAUUUUUUUCGCUAAAUUCAAAGUACAAUUUAUAUAAGAACGAAACGCCGACGACGAAAAUGCACAGAAGAUACCCCGGCUUCACCUGAAUGCCCGAUCAGAGUGGCCCUUGAUCAGUGAUCAUCAUAACUUGAAAAAAUCCCAAAUUUGAAAAUUAAGUUGGCAAUGCCAACUUAAAUCGUAAUUGAGAUUGCAUAGCAACGGUGCAAAACAAACACUGUUAUUGGCUGCUGCUAUGCAACUGAAACCCGCGUAAUUUGAACGUUCAAUCUAGGACGCGACAGAAUGUAAUGAAAAAAAAUGCCUAUUUGAUAACGGUAAGUAUGCGCAAGAUAAACAAAAACUGCAGGCAGAUAAAGUUUAAAUUCUUAAUAGAAAAAGUUUUGUAAAAACUUUAGUCUAUAUAUUUUAAUCUCAAAUCACUUGUAGUCGUGAGCCACUCUGAUCGGAGUUGGUCCAAGGCUCGGUAUGAUUCUGUUGUAAGUUUUCGCGCUGCGCUUUCCCAAAUAGUACUAGUUAGUUAUUCUUGUGAUUAACCCGAUACGGUUAAAAAUGGCCUUGUAAAGGCCCUGUAAUUAUUAGAAAUAAUUUACCAAUUACUGCUAAGCAGUUUAUAAUCCACAAUUAUUUUUUAAUUCAAUAUUAACAUCGUACUAGUUUUUUGUUUGUUUCUAAAGUUUAUCUUAGUUUUUUUGGUUUGGAUAGAUUAGGGGUCUUGCAAAUAUUUUAGAAUAGUUGAUUUACACAAAAUAUUUUGUUCAUAACAAAUUUUCGUCUAUUAUAACCUUUUUACAUGAUAAGAAUGUAGAAUAAUGUUUAUACAUAAUAAUUUAAACUAUCGACUGCACAGAGUAGACAAUAAUUAUAUUUUAUAUAAUGCCGUCAGCGCACAAAUGUAUCAAGUAAGUAAACUAUCAAGUAUUUAAUUUAGGUGUUGGGACAUUGAAAAACAAUAUUUUUUUAAUUCUGUAUUUGCCAUUUUUCGAGAAUCUUAUUUAUUUCUUUUCUAAGCUUAAUUCUUUCCCUUUUUUAGUAUAGGACUAACAAAAACACCUGAAACAAAUUUAUUAACGUUUUGUCAAUUGUUUAAUAGAGCUAAUGGCAAUUCAAUCAAAAUAAGAUAUCAGAUAUCUUAAAAAAACCUAACGCAAUAGCUUGUAUAAUCACAAUGUGAUAGUGUUUUUUGUUUGUUUAUUUUUUGUUUUUACGUUUGUUAGGCCGAGGCCAGUUUCGUCACUGUUCUUCCAUGUAAGAUUGUUACUGUUGAAAUAAUUAAAAAACAGUCACGGUCUUUGUUAGUAAGAAUAAUAAUUACUAAGUGCAAUUAAUGUAAAAUUUAUAUACUAAUGUUAAAUAGAUUAAGUGAAAAAAGAAACAGAAUAUCCGUAUAUUUUUUGCAAUUAUUGCAACUUGUUAUCAAAUUGAGAAAAAUAUUUAUUGAAAAAUUAAAUUUUUAAAAAAAUUUAUAUAAUGCACACCGCGUUUCGUCGUCAAUACAAUUGUUUUUCCCUUCUUGAGCGAUUUAUCAUUGUUUUUGAUCUUUGUAUUAAAUGCUUUUAGCCUUUGUAUCAUAUUUUGAUUUCUUUAUUUGUGUUAUUUUUGUUAUAGAUUAUUUUUUAACUGUCACUUUGGUGCAAAAUGUAUUAUACUAUUUGUGUAAUUUUACUUCACAAAAUCUAUCAUAAGAAUAAUUGUUUGUUUAUUGUACUUUCAUUAUUAAUAAAUCUACCUCUAAACAUUA